AUGUCAAACACGCCGUACACGUACAACUUCAAUCCUGGCCCAGCGAAGGUGCCCAAGGAGGUGCUGCAGAAGGCUCAGGAUGAGCUGAUCUACUAUCGAGAGUCGGGCAUCAGUGUCUUCGAAAUGAGCCAUCGAUCGCCUGAAUUUGAGGGCAUCAUCAACAACGCCGAGAAUUUACUGCGCGAAGUACUAAACAUUCCCAGCAACUACCGAGUAUUAUUUCUGCACGGCGGCGGCACUGGCCAAUUUGCCUCCAUUCCGCUGAACCUCACUGCCCCGGGCGAGAAGGCUAAUUACGUGAUCACUGGCGCCUGGUCGGAGAAGGCGGCCAAGGAGGCGGAGAAGUACAUCAAGGUGAACCGAGUUAAUCCUAAGCCCGCCAAGUUUGUCUCCAUUCCCGAUCGAGCUACCUGGAAUGUCGAUCCAGAGGGCAAAUAUUUGUUCUACACCGACAAUGAAACCAUUCACGGCGUGGAGUACCCCGCUCCGGUGGCGCCCUUCAGCGAGAACAUGCCCGUUGUCUUCGACAUGACCUCCAACUUCCUCACCCGCCCGGUGGAUGUGACCAACUACGGCGCCAUCAUCGCCGGCACGCAGAAGAACGCCGGCGUCGCCGGGCUGGCCAUUGUCAUCGUCCGCGAUGAUCUCAUCGGUCGACCGCAGACCAUCUGCCCCUCCAUCCUCGACUACAAGGUGCUGCUGGCCAAUCAAUCGCUCUACAACACACCGCCCACUUACUCCAUCUACAUGACCGGCCUUUUCCUGCAGUGGAUCAAGGAUCAAGGCGGCCUGGAGGAGAUGUCUCGGCGGGCUGAUGCUCGCGCCAAGCUAGUCUACGACGUGAUCGAUCAGUCGAAUGGCUUCUAUUCGUGCGCCGUGGAGCCCACUGCUCGCAGCCGCGUCAAUGCCUGCUUCCGUGUCGGCGGCCCGUCCGGCGACGAGGCGCUGGAGAAGAAGUUCUUUGAGCAGGCAAAGGAGCGCCGUUUUGUCGGCGUCAAGGGCCACCGCUCGGUGGGCGGCGUCCGCAUUUCCAUGUUCAACGCCUGUCCGCUGUCUGACGCGCAAACCAUUGCCGACAUGAUGGUGCAGUUUCAGAAGGAAAAUCAGAAGAAGUAG